GCCGGCCUCCCAGGGCUCCGCUCGGGCGUCUCUCGUUCUUUUGAGCUGUGCGCAUCUGCAGACGGCAUGAUGCGCCUGCGCACGUCUCACAGCGUCGGCGCGCUGCUCCUGCUGCUGGCGGCGCGCGGCGCCCCGAGCGCCGGGUCGCGGUCGCCGGCGAGCGGGGCGCUGGCCCGCCCGAGGCUGGAGGGCUCGGCGAGCGGUCGCCCUCGCGAGCCGCAGGCCGAGUUCGGGAGGCGCCAGGCUACCAGCGGCGCGCAGUUGCUCAAACUUGUGGCGAGUGAUGGGACCGAAGGCGACCGUUUCGGAAUCGCGGUCGUGAGCUCCGACGGGGCCCGCGUGGUGGUGGGGGCCUUUGGUGACGACGACCAGGGCAGCGGGUCUGGCUCCGUGCACGUGUUCGACGGUACCUCGGGCGAGAGGCUGCUCAAGCUUGUGGCGAGUGAUGGGGCCGCGUACGACGGUUUCGGAUACGCGGUGGCCGUGGGCUCCGACGGGGCCCGCGUGGUGGUGGGGGCCUAUGAUGACGACGACCAGGGCAGCGGGUCUGGCUCCGUGCACGUGUUCGACGGUGCCUCGGGCGAGAGGCUGCUCAAGCUUGUGGCGAGUGAUGGGGCCGGAUACGACCGUUUUGGAAUCUCGGUGGCCGUGAGCUCCGACGGGGCCCGCGUGGUGGUGGGACGACCGUUCGGAAUCUCGGUGGCCGUGAGCUCCGACGGGGCCCGCGUGGUGGUGGGGGCCAAUUAUGACGACGACCGGGGCAGCAAGUCUGGCUCCGGGCACGUGUUCGAUGGUAUCUCGGGCGAGAGGCUGCUCAAGCUUGUGGCGAGUGAUGGGGCCGAAGACGACCGUUUCGGAAUCUCGGUGGCCGUGAGCUCCGACGGGGCCCGCGUGGUGGUGGGGGCCCUUGGUGACGACGACCGGGGCGACACUUCUGGCUCCGUGCGCGUGUUCGACGGUACCUCGGGCGAGAGGCUGCUCAAGCUUGUGGCGAGUGAUGGGGCCGCGUACGACGGUUUCGGAUUUGGGCUUGCCGUGAGCUCCGACGGGGCCCGCGUGGUGGUGGGGGCCACUGGUGACGACGACGGGUCUGGCUCCGUGCACGUGUUCGACGGUACCUCGGGCGAGAGGCUGCUCAAGCUUGUGGCGAGUGGUGGGGCCGCAGGCGACAGUUUCGGAUGCACGGUGGCCGUGAGCUCCGACGGGGCCCGCGUGGUGGUGGGGGUCUACUAUGACGACGACCAGGGCGCCGAUUCUGGCUCCGUGUACGUGUUCGACGGCACCAUCGUCACCACCAG